AUGCCUCCUGCUGCACGCAUCCAGGAUCUCUCCACCAACUUCCUCUUAGGCACUCUGCCCCACGGGGCGUGCCAGCCUCUCUCUUUUGAUGCCAAUUGCUUCACUCUGCCUCUUGGCUGUGCCUUGGUGCCGCAACGGCAGGAGGCAGCAUGCAAUGCGUUCUGUGGCGUCUCCUUUGCUGCUGGUGCUGCUGCUGCAUGUGGAGGGCAUGGGAUAAAGAAUUACUCAAACAGCCAGCCAAUUCUCCCGCCAGCAACUGUGCUCACAAAGGGGACGCAGCGCGAGACAAGGGGGAACUUCACCGCAGCGCUGGUGACGCUGUUUGUGUACGAGGCAGGGCAGGCAGCGUUGGGGUGUGUGCUGCAGCUUGCCUUCUAUGCCAAAUUCACCUUCUCCCUCUUGCCUCGAUCCGGCCGCGUGGGCUUCAAUGGCUUUGCCUUUGUUGUCUCGGCGACAGACCGGGUGGGGAGUGGUGCAGGUGUAGGGCAUACACGGCGGGUGGACUAUGAGCCGGGGGACCCCGGCACCAUCCAGGUCUUCGUGGCUGACUCGCUGGAGAAGCCGCAGCAGGCGGUGCUGGAGAGGAGGCUGGCGCUGUGUGAGGAUCCUGGAUGCUAUGCCGGCAGACUCAACCAUGUUGUACUCGUUAUUGGCUACUUUGUCUGGAGAAAUGAUGGGAGCCAAAAUCGCAUUGCGCCUCCCUUUUGGAUCAUCCGUAACUCGUGGGGAGUGGAGUGGGGCGACAGGGGCCACAUGCGCAUGGACAUCCAGGGAGGGGAUGGUGUGUGUGGCAUCAACGUGCUGCCUAGCAUCUACCCCAUUGUCAAGAGUGAGGCAUCUACCUCAUUAUCAUGA